AUGAGCCCCGCCAUCGACAUACCCGAACGACCAGGCGCGCCCGAUCGCGCCGUGACCAAUUCCUUUGGCACCUCCCUCUCCACCAGUCCCACCCUAAACUUCAACAGCCCGCCCGCAAGCUUCACCGGCGCCCCCAAGACGUCGUACAAACAGCUCAAGCCCUUCCACACCCAGGACGUCAAGGUCCUCUUGCUCGAAAAUGUCAACCUCACCGGUCAGGACAUUCUCAAGAAACAGGGCUACCAAGUCGAGGCGCUGAAGAGCUCCCUCCCCGAAGACCAGCUGAUUGAAAAGAUCAAGGAUGUCCACGUCAUCGGCAUCCGCUCCAAGACGCAGCUCUCCGCCAACGUCCUCAAGCAUGCCAAAAACCUCAUCGUCGUUGGUUGCUUCUGCAUUGGCACCAACCAGGUCGAUCUCAAAUUCGCCGCCGAGCAGGGAAUCGCCGUCUUCAACUCGCCGUUCAGCAACUCCCGUUCCGUGGCAGAGCUCAUGAUUGGCGAGAUCAUCGCCCUGGCAAGACAGAUUGGCGACCGCAGCAACGAGAUGCACAAUGGUGUGUGGAACAAGGUCUCCAAUGGCUGCUGGGAGGCACGAGGAAAAACGCUGGGAAUUAUCGGAUAUGGACACGUUGGAGCCCAGUUGUCGGUGCUGGCAGAAGCCAUGGGCAUGAAGGUCAUCUACUACGACGUGGUCAACAUCAUGGGUCUGGGAACCGCUCAACAGAUGCCCACCCUCGAUGCUCUGCUGGAAACCGCAGACUUUGUCACUCUACACGUGCCAGAGAUCCCCGAGACGAAGAACAUGCUGGGCGAGAAGGAGAUGGAGAAGAUGAAGAAGGGCUCAUAUCUCAUCAACGCCUCUCGUGGCUCGGUCAUUGACAUUCCCUCAUUGAUCAAAUAUAUGCAGAACGGCAAACUCGCCGGCGCAGCACUGGACGUCUACCCCAACGAACCCGGCGGCAACGGACCUCACUUCAACGACACACUCAACAGCUGGGGUAAAGAGCUCUGCGCGUUGAAGAACCUGAUCCUAACCCCUCACAUCGGCGGCUCCACCGAAGAGGCUCAAAGCGCCAUCGGAUCAGAAGUCGCCGCCGCUCUCGUCAACUACGUCAACUUCGGAACCACCCACGGCGCCGUCAACAUGCCCGAAGUUGCUCUCCGCUCCCUCACCACCGACGAACCAAACCACGUCCGUGUCAUUUACAUCCACAAAAACGUCCCCGGUGUGCUGCGAAAAGUCAACGAAAUCAUCGCGGACCACAAUGUGGACAAGCAAAUGACGGACUCGAGAGGCGAUGUGGCGUACCUGAUGGCGGAUAUCUCCAAUGUUAAUGUCAGCGAGAUUAAGAAUCUGUAUCAGAACUUGGAGGAUCUCGGCAGCAGGAUCCGGACCCGUGUGCUUUAUUGA